UCGCCUUUUUCCAAGAUGGCGUCGAUGAGGGACAGCGACACCGGCCUGUGGCUUCAUAACAAGCUGGGCUCGACGGACGAGCUGUGGACGCCUUCAAGCAUCGGUUCUCUGCUCACCGUGUCGGUCAUCGACAACAUCCGCCUGUGUUUCUCUAAUCUCUCCCCGCCGGUCAAGCUGAAGCUGCUGCUCGGCAUGCUGCAUCUCCCGCGCAGGACUGUGGACGAGAUGAAAGACGCUCUGUCAGAAAUCAUCCAGUUGGCCACAGUGGACUCUGAGCCCUGGGUGCUAAUGGUAGCGGACAUCCUGAAGUCAUUUCCUGAGACGGGUUCUCUCAACUUGGACCUGGAGGAGCAGAACCCCAAUGUGCAGGACAUCCUGGGAGAGCUGAGAGAAAAAGUGAGCGAGUGCGAGGCGUCGGCCAUGCUGCCUCUCGAGUGUCAGUAUCUGAAUAAGAGCGCUCUGACCACUCUGGUGGGUCCUCUCACACCUCCCAUCAAACACUUCCAGCUGAAGAGGAAACCCAAGAGCGCUACACUGAGAGCUGAGCUCCUCCAGAAGUCCACAGAAACGGCACAGCAGUUAAAGAAAACAGCCGGGGUGCCUUUCCACGCUAAAGGACGGGGUCUCGUUAAGAAGAUUGACACUACAACACCACUGAAGGGGAUCCCCAAAGCCCCGUUCCGCAGCCCCACUGCCCCCAGCAUGUUCCCUUCCAGUAACAGGACGCCCAUCACCCCUGCACGCACACCGCUGCGCAAAGAGAGAGGGGUCAAGUUAUUAGACAUUUCAGAGUUGGAUAUGGUCGGAGCAGGCAGAGAAGCUAAGAGGAGAAGAAAGACACUGGACACUGAAGCGGGAGAGAAGGCAGCUAAAGAGGAGGCGGUGGUGGAGAACGCAACCCCCGACUACGCCGCCGGUUUGGUAUCUACACAGAAAUUGGGGGCACUGAACAACGAGAGUGCGCUGCCGUCGACCAGCUACCUCCCAGCGACGCCCAGCAUGGUGCCCUCCUCCUCUUACAUUCCCAGCUCAGAGACACAGCAGGCCAGCACAGGCGCUCCAAACCGGCAGCCAGAGGAAACGACGGCGAGCGGCGCCACAGCCUCCGCACUCACGGGUCAGUUUAAACAGAGAGCGCCAAUGUACAACGCCAGCACCGCCAGUCCCACCACCCCCACCUCCCCCACCACGCCCACCAGCACACCCCACAACAACGCCCCGCCCGCCGCCGCCACUGCAACACAACCGGAGACAGCCACGCCUCCAUCCACUACAGCAGCUCAGGCCACGCCCACGCCAGCUCCCCAGCAACCACAGCCCAAAAAGAACCUGUCACUCACGAGAGAACAGAUGUACGCCGCACAGGAGAUGUUUAAGACCGCAAACAAAGUUACCCGACCCGAGAAAGCUCUUAUCCUGGGCUUCAUGGCAGGAUCGAGAGAGAACCCGUGCCCGGAGCAGGGCGACAUCAUCCAGAUCAAGCUGAGUGAGCACACAGAGAACCUCGCCAAGGCGGACGGUACAGGCAGCACCACCAUGCUGGUGGACACAGUGUUUGAGAUGAACUACUCCACAGGCCAGUGGACCCGCCUCAAAAAAUACAAACCCAUCACUAAUGCAUCCUGAGGAACUGGAAAACACACACACGUACAUACACACAUGUACACACACACACACACACACACACACACACACACCUACAUACACACAAAUCCAUUAUGUGGUCUUUUUAAGAAGGCAAUAUUAAGAGACAAAUCAUGCCUUUGAUCCCACACACACACACACACACACAAUCUGGGCCAAAAUAACAGACUAAGCAACUGUCUUGAUGAUGGUAAAGGAGUGUUAAAGCAGAGUGAGGUGGACCUUUUUGUUUUGCUAAGCUCACUUCCUGUUCCUGUUUUGCCAAAAGUCAGGGACCUUCUUUCUGUAUGUUUUGUUUUUGUUCUGUGGUUUGUAAUACAGUCCUUAAUUAUCAUGACCUGAUUGUUGAAGAUGGGUUAGAAUAGAGGUGGCGUCGUUGCUCUCGGAUGCUUUUAGCUUCUUUGAAUGACACCUGUGUGUUUGGCCUUACACGCCAUGUUCCAAAACAAAUACUUGUCCAUCUGUUUCAAUGUGAGAAUACAAAAAAUAUAUAUAUUUGCAAAAAAAAAAAAGAAUAAACACAGGUUGUUUGCUGGUU